CACAAUGAAAAAAGUGUGGGGCUCGUGCAGCUGCUAUUCCAUCCUCGAGUCCUGCCCGAGCCGCUCAGACAAGCCGCACGCGCGCUCCUGUCCACCUCCGUCCCUUUCACAGACCGGUCUCUGUCUCUGUCCUCUGUCCGGAUAAACGAACUCUCUUCUCCCGCCGCUGAGACCCCAACACCUGAGCAAACAUGGAGGCCAUCAAGAAGAAGAUGCAGAUGCUGAAGCUGGAUAAGGAGAAUGCGAUAGAUCGGGCAGAGCAGGCCGAGGGGGACAAGAAGGGAGCCGAGGACAAAUGCAAACAGCUAGAGGAGGAGCUGCUGGGUCUGCAGAAGAAGCUGAAAGGCGUGGAGGAUGAGCUGGACAAAUAUUCGGAGUCGCUGAAGGACGCCCAGGAGAAGCUGGAGCAGGCAGAGAAGAAGGCAGCAGACGCUGAGGCAGAGGUGGCGUCUCUGAACAGGCGUAUCCAGCUGGUGGAGGAGGAGUUGGACCGAGCUCAGGAGAGACUGGCUACAGCUCUGCAGAAGCUGGAGGAGGCUGAGAAGGCUGCAGACGAGAGUGAGAGAGGGAUGAAGGUCAUUGAGAACAGAGCAACAAAAGACGAGGAGAAGAUGGAGAUCCAGGAGAUGCAGCUGAAGGAGGCCAAACACAUCGCUGAGGAGGCCGACCGCAAAUAUGAGGAGGUUGCACGUAAGCUGGUGAUCCUGGAGGGUGACCUGGAGCGUUCAGAGGAGCGUGCUGAGGUGGCUGAGGCUAAAUCUGGUGACCUCGAGGAAGAGUUGAAAAAUGUCACCAACAACCUGAAGUCUCUGGAGGCCCAGGCUGAGAAGUACUCACAGAAGGAGGACAAAUAUGAAGAAGAAAUCAAAGUUCUUACUGACAAACUGAAAGAGGCCGAGACUCGUGCAGAGUUUGCCGAGAGGUCUGUGGCCAAGCUGGAGAAGACCAUCGAUGAUCUGGAAGAGAAACUGGCCCAAGCCAAAGAGGAGAACCUGGACAUGCACCAGGUCCUGGACCAAACCCUUCUGGAGCUCAACAAUCUAUAGAGACCUCCACAGAGCUGACUGAAUUAUCGUCUGAAAGAUAGACAAGACAAAAACAAGGUUUAAUCUCCCAGCACGCACACUCAGCUCAAUCUUAAUCUAACAAAAAAUAGAGUAAAAUAAAGUUUCUGCUGCAAACUGACAGUUCCUGUGUGUGCAGUAGGAACUGUAGCAGACUGAGUGUAGUUCAUCCUAUCAUCACCAAACUUCCUCACCCACGAAGAGCCUGUGGUUAGACAGUCACAUCUGUGUGAAGACAGAUGGUUUCACUUGUUUGACCAAACAUGAUGAAGCCUUUCUCUGGACUCUCAUUGUUACACAAUAACUACAACAUGAAUGAUGAAGUCUCACAGUCUCGAGUGGUUUUACAACUGAAUUCACCUGAAAAUUCAACGUGGACGAGCCGUAACUGUUGUGUUAGAGCCGGUGCCGGACCGAGCGGUGGGACAUCAGUUUCCUCUGAACCACAACCCUGCUCUGCUACAGCCCACACCCUCACACAGUCAUUCUUUAAAUAUGUUGGCAGCGGCAGUCACGAUGAGGAAGUGAAACUCAUAUGAGAGCUAUACUACUGCACACAAGCUCCUGUUUCUAGUCUGCAGCGGAAACAUUUGUUUUUACAGGUUUUCACUGAAUGAUAAAGUAGAACCAAAGAAAAUCAGACAUUAGUUUCUCACCCAUGAUAGAAACCUGAGAAUGAAUCCUGAGGAGACCUGUUUACCACCAGGUCACACCUGACCACCUCUGUCAGAUCAGAUCACACUUAUGUUUAAAUGAUUAAAUUUUAUUUUUAUUAUUGAAAUAGGUCUAUUAAUAGUAGAAUGAACCACUUUCAUAUUGUCUACAUGAUUUAAAGUCAUCUUUAGGUUUAUACUGUGACACCUCAGUGAAUUAAAAAGUCAUCCUCAGAUUAUUAAUUCAAUUCAAUGACCAGAACAAAACAGUAGGAAUCCGAUUUUCCAUGUUAACAGAUGAAUGAGGUGCUGGGAGCUGAAACACAUCUAACAUUGAAUUAAAGCUUCAUAUACUGUAAAAAAACAAAAAAAAACAA